CUGAGCGCGAAACGUUUUCGUUGUGUAUUUGUUCACUUAUUUGUUGCUUCUGUCGCAAGCAGGUACGAUUGUGAUUUGUGAUUGUGAUUUAUUUUUGGUGGCCUGUUUGUGAAUUUUUUCGUCCGCAAAUGGUUGUGUUGGAGGGAGGCACGAUGUUGUCCUCUGCGGGCAAUCAGUAUCUGCAACCCGAUUAUUUAUCCCCUUUGCCAACCACUCUCGAUGCCAAGAAGAGUCCGCUGGCCCUCUUGGCGCAAACGUGCAGCCAAAUAGGAGCGGAUUCACCUUCCACCAAAUCCCUCCUGUCUCCUCUGGAGAAGAAGAAAUGCAACUCGGAGACGGUCCGCUCCUCUCCGAGCUCGGUCAAAGAGAAAUCCGAGAAAUCCUCGCCUCGGAUGACGCCGUGCGAGCAAAAGCUGGCCUUCAAGCCGUACGAGAGCAACGUGACCAGCAAGAAAUCCGACGAGAUCCGGCCGCGAUCCGAGAACAGCGUGCACUUCGACGACAAGAAAUCGGACAACCAGAGCGCCGGCAGGAAAACCGCCUCACCACUGACCAACUCCUCGGCCGACACGGGGAAAACUUCCCCGGAGAAGCCGUCCACGCCGUCGGCGCGAAGCGCCAGUCCCAUAAUCAGAUCCGGUCUGGAGAUACUGGGAGCGAAAGACGCCCACCUCGGCGCGUACAAACCUAGUUUAAAUUUGAGUGGCGGGUUGAACAAUCACUUGAGUGCGCUCUGUUGUCCGCCCGGCUUGGAACAGACUAAUCCCGCCUUCAGGCCGCCGUUUCCAGGCGCCGCGUUCAGUGCCCAGCACGCCGCCAUGUUCGCCGCCGGUUAUCCGGGCGCCGCGCCCGGACCGUAUCUCAGUUACGCGCGCGUCAAGACGCCGUCCGGCGGCGAGGCGCUGGUGCCCGUCUGCAAGGACCCCUACUGCACGGGUUGCCAGUUCAGCUUGCAGAACCAACAGUUGUUGAUGAGCGGCGCCACCGGGCCGUGUCCGUCCGGUUGCACGCAAUGUGAUCACCAGAAAUACAACCUGGCGAUGGCGAUGAGCCUGGUCCAGCCGGGGCCCGUGCCGUCGUCCUUAGCUUACGCUAAUUUAGGUAGACCGUACAUUUGCAAUUGGAUAGCGGGCGAUACCUAUUGCGGCAAGAGGUUCACCACGUCGGAGGAACUCUUGCAGCACCUGCGUACCCACACCAACGGCGCGGAUCCGGCCAUUUCCACGAGUUCCUCGUUGCUCAAUCACCAUCCGCUGUUCUCGACUGCUCCGAUGCACCGGCCUGGUUACCCCAAUCCGCCUUUGAGUCCGUUAUCGGCGGCUAGGUAUCACCCGUACGGCAAGCCGCCCAUAUCGGCGUCGCCCUACAGCGCCUUCAAUCCUACCAUGAGUCCCUACUAUUCGGCUUAUUCGAUGUACGGGCAGAGAUUGGGCGCCGCCGCGGUGCAUCAGUAGCGCCCCGGCGUCGAUCUUUUCGAACGUUGUUAUACAUAAAGUUUAUUUUUUAUUGCAGACUGUGAUAAUUUGUAUAUACAUUUUUUCUCGGAAUCGUCGUAAUAUUGAAGUGCAAUCUGUGAGUAAGCAAAUGGGAUUUUUUUUUCUAUUGUAAUGGUCGAUAACUCUAAUUAAUCUAGCUAUAAAAAUUUGUUAUUGCAGUUGUAAUUUAUUGUUUGUCUCAUUAAAAGUUUACUGCUAUUAAUCAGGAAAGGAGGAAGUUCUCUUACGUUUGUUUGCUUCUUAUAAUGAUCGUACAAUUUGUUUUUAUAACAUCAUAAUGUGCACAAUGCACAUAAUAUAAAUUUAUUUUAUUAAUACGACUGUUGUUUAAAAUUCAAAAUGUACAAGAAAUAGGCCAAGGCUAGAUUUAUUAAGGUUUUCGGAGCGCUAUUAAAAAGAGAGUCCUGUUUAAUUUAGGCAAUAACGUUAAUACUGUCCGUUUUUAUAGUUAAUAGUUAUCUCUUCAAUUUAAUCAACAAAAUCUCAUUUCUAUAGUUAUUUAAAUGAAUGUUGAGUUUCGAUGAUGCUUUAAUAAAAACGUUUGUAAAUGUA